GGAAAGAGAUUGCAGAGGGGAGAGCUGUUGACUGGUUGAUGAAAGGCGAGGAAAUGGUGCGUUUCUCCCUCUUCCUCUCUUUUUAAAAAUCCGACCGUUGAGCCUGUAAGUGACUUACAGGGAAGUGACUUCUCACCCCCAUCCUCCUGCAGUUUUUUGGUAGAUUUGCCUGUCGGUGACUAACAGGUGAUUUUUCUCCCCCAAACACCACCUGUAAGUGACUUCCCUGUAAGAGACUUCCCACUUACCCAACUUACAGGCAUCCAAACAGGCCCUAGGGUUAGUUAUUCUCUCCCGCCCUUUGCUCUCUCUCUCUCUCUCUCUCUCUCUCUCUCUCUCUCUCUCUCUCUCUUCAGUCUUUUCCUGCAAUGCUCAGCAAGAAACGCAGACGCAUCGAACCCCCGACUAUCCAUCCCCGCAACAAAUACUCGGAAACUCGACCCGACUUCAAUCUCUUGGCCUCUCUCUACCCUUCAUUCCAACCCUACGUCUUCUACUCUCGCGAUGGACGGCCCAGGAUAGACUGGACGGACUUCAACGCCACCCGAGAACUCACUCGCGUCCUGCUCCAUCACGAUCACGGCAUCAAUUGGCAACCUACGGUGGCCACUUUCUCUAACGCAGGGGAAACGACUCAAUGUCAUGAAAUCCACCCCGACCAUCAGGUGUAUCCCAAUGUGCUAAUGGGGGUGAGAAAGCCUGCACUAUUUUGUAGGUGGAUUCCCGAUGGACAACUUUGCCCCACUAUCCCCAAUAGGUCAAAUUACAUCCAUUGGAUUGAAGAUCUGCUCUCAUCUGACUUUGUUGCCAAGAUGGACAGCUGUGGAGAUGGAGUGAGGGGCUUUGAUAUUGGAACUGGAGCUAACUGCAUUUACCCCCUUCUUGGUGCUUCCAUUCUGGGCUGGAGCUUUGUUGGGUCAGAUGUGACGGAUGUAGCUUUGGAAUGGGCACGAAGAAAUGUCGAGAGCAAUUCACAUCUUUCAGAGUUGAUUGAGAUAAGAAAGGCCGGGGAAAACCUACCGAGAGAAGAGGAGACUGUCGAUCAAUUGGUUUCUAGUGGAACUGCUUUAAAUUCAGAAGAAGAUACCAAUAAAGAUAGCUGCACUGUAGGAAAUGAGGAUGCAAUUUCUGAUGAGAAGAUAAGUUCUGGUGAGCUGCCUGUACUUGUUGGAGUUGUCAGGGAUGGCGAGCAAUUUGACUUUUGCAUGUGCAACCCUCCAUUUUUUGAGAGCAUAGAAGAGGUGGGAAGAAACCCAAAAACUUCAUGUGGGGGGACAUAUGAGGAGAUGGUUUUCCCUGGUGGAGAACAAGCUUUUAUCACUCGAAUUAUACAAGACAGUGUCAUGCUGAAACACUCUUUCAGGUGGUUCACAUCGAUGGUUGGUAGAAAAGAGUCCUUGAAACAACUUGCACGCAAGCUUCGUGAGGUUGGGGUGUCAAUAGUAAAAACUACUGAGUUUGUCCAAGGCCAUACUUCUCGAUGGGGGCUUGGAUGGUCGUUUAUGUCCCCAACUAAGAAGAUAUCAUCACAUGUGCCUGAGAACAAUCACCAGUCCUUCAUGCUUGAGGGUCUUGGACGUCAAUUUGGUGCCAUACAUGUAUUGAAAUCAGUGGAAUCCUUUUUCCUUGCUAGCGGUGCAUCUUGCAAAUCUAAUUUAUCAUCAUUUAUUGUUGAUGUCACUGCAUCGAAUGAACACUUUGAUGCAAUUCUAAAAGAUGGCCUACGGAUUUCUGAUGAAAGUGUAGGGCAAUUUAUAUGUGAUGGAUCCAAUGGCUCAAAUAGUUUGCCCUGUCCACUGAGUGAACUCUGUUUCCGUGUCACGGUAUUUGAGCAAAUUCCUGGCACACUUUUAGUCAGAGGAUCUCUACUUCACAGACAAAGCCCACUUUCAGGAAUGUUUGCAGCAAUUUUACAGCGAUUGGAGGUUGCUCUGAAAAAGGAAAUCUCAGGGAAAUUCAAGAGAUAGUGAACAACUUAAGAGUGCAAAUGUAACCACACUGAAACCAUGGAAAAGAUCACGUGGAUCCUACUAAAGCAGGACUUUGGCAAUGAGACUCAACAUCGGUGACAAGGAUUCUCUAGUCUCAUAUUGUGGGUCCAUGUUCCUUCUACGGUGGCAGGCUGAACAGACUGAUGAUCUGGAUCACCGAAACAUGUUCUCACUUGUACAAACUAAAAACAUGAAUAUAACCAUUGCAUGUAGUUCGUCCAUUCUCAUUUUCAUUUCCCUUCAUAGCCUGUUGCUGAAGGUGCCUUACCCUCCCCAAAUGGCUUGAUUAAGCAAAAAAAAGAAAGAAAGAAAGAAAGAAAAAAGACUACUAAGCUAUAUCAAUAGGUGUAUCAUCAGCUUUUCAGGGACACACAUCUAACAUUUGAUUCAUCCUAUACCUUGCUAAAUAGUUGGAUUACAUAAACAUGUUAUGGUGGUUCCAAUGCCUCUUAACUAAUUGCAUUUACAACUAUUUUUAUAAGUUGGCAUUUUCAA